AUGUGUGAUGUGAAUAAAGAGUGUGUUUGGUUGUUUAGGGCAAAAGAGGAAAGAAAGAGUAAGGAGAUGGUUUGUAGGUUGCUUGAUUUGUAUGGUGAGAGUUCUGCUCCAAUGGGGUCAAGGUUAAGGCUGCAAUUCACAAAACAAAGAGUGUUCAGAGAAAGUCUUAAAUUAGAAGAAUAUAUAGGCCACACACGUGUUGUUAGUGGGGUCUACCUGAAGAUAACUCCACAUAAAUGGAGCAAGGAUCCACUCAGAUCCAUGACUAUGUAUCUGAGUGUGGGACAUGAAGAUGAUAAUGCCAAUGGUCUAGGUAUGCAGGAGUGGUAUUACUGGGGUGGGUUUCUGACACGUGUACUGGAGUCCACAGGGGGUUUAAAGUGGUACUCCCCGUACUGGAACAAGUCGGAAAAUUGA